AUUUAAUUCACUGUAUCUUGUAUAAUAUAUAUCUUUUUGCAACUUUAAUACAUUUUGCAAAAUAGGAAAUUAGCUCUUUUAAAUGUAGUACGUUUAUCACAGACGAGGUACUUAAAGUGACGUUUCAGUAGCAAACAAUGUGAACAAUAAAUGAACAACAGCAUUUCAAUAAAUUGUUAUAAAAAAGCAAAAUGUCUUCGCAUACUGAGCCGAUUGUUGAAGAAUUAGCUAAAGACUAUGCAAAUUAUUUAAAAGUAGAUUUAUCUACUCACGUUCAAGCUGAAAAUAGCCAAUGUAUUGACCAACAUAUUCCGAAAUUACAAGAUAUGCAACAAGAAGUAAUAAAUCUUAACAAACGAGUAGAUGCUUUAGAACAUGUUAUAGCAAUGAUUAAUGUAAAUCUAACGACAUUAGAAGCUGCCGUUGAUAAUGCAGAAGCUGAAUUAGGAAUAUCUGAUAGAUUAUUUGGAAUGUUAAAUCGUUUAUCUUUUUUUGUAAGUCUUCUUACUUUUAUAAUGUUGAUAACAAUUACCUGAACUAUGGUAUAUACGUACAUAUUUCAGAAGAAAACUCAAGAACCUGCGGUAUCAAAUAAAUCAUCAAUGUAUGAACCUCCAACGAUUUACAGAACUAAUGACUACUUUAAAGGUGAAUAAUAGAUUUAAUUUCCAGGAGAAAUAAUAGAUUUGUCAAUUAUUUUCAUACAUUAAUAUAUGCUACACAUUGAAGAAAUAUUUAAAAGGUGUGUAAUAUUAUAUGAAUUUCAUAUCUUUCUGAAAAUAUAAAAUAAAUCUAUUUUAGUACAUGUUUAUCAACAAUUGUUUUCAGAGAUGACAUAA